CUCUUUUUCCCUGUAGGCUUCCUGAGCCAUGGACUCCUAUGUGAUUCAGACGAGUGUCAAUGACAGCCUGCCUUCAGUUCUGGAUGUGCAUGUCAAUAUUGGCGGGAGAAGCUCGGUGCAAGGAAGAACGAAAGGCAGGAAGGCCAGGUGGAAUGUGAGGCCCUCUGACAUGUCCAAUAAAACCUUUAAUCCCAUCCGAGCCAUCGUGGACAACAUGAAGGUGAAGCCGAAUCCGAACAAAACCGUGAUUUCUCUGUCAAUUGGGGACCCUACUGUGUUUGGGAACCUGCCUACAGACCCUGAAGUGACCCAAGCCAUGAAAGAUGCCCUAGACUCGGGGAAGUACAAUGGUUAUGCCCCAUCCAUUGGUUACCUAUCCAGUCGGGAGGAGGUCGCUUCUUGCUACCAUUGUCAUGAGGCUCCUCUGGAAGCGAAGGAUGUCAUUCUGACAAGCGGCUGCAGUCAGGCCAUUGAGCUCUGUCUAGCUGUGUUGGCCAAUCCUGGACAAAACAUCCUCAUUCCAAGGCCCGGCUUUUCCCUCUAUAGGACUUUGGCUGAGUCUAUGGGAAUUGAGGUCAAACUCUACAAUCUAUUGCCCGAGAAGUCUUGGGAAAUUGACCUAAAACAACUGGAAUCUCUGAUUGACGAAAAAACAGCUUGUCUCGUUGUCAACAACCCAUCCAAUCCAUGCGGCUCAGUGUUCAGUAAGCGGCACCUUCAGAAGAUUUUGGCAGUGGCUGAAAGGCAAUGUGUCCCCAUCUUAGCCGAUGAGAUCUAUGGUGACAUGGUGUUUUCAGAUCGCAAGUAUGAACCACUGGCCACCCUCAGCACCAAUGUCCCCAUCCUGUCCUGUGGUGGGCUGGCCAAGCGCUGGCUGGUUCCUGGCUGGAGGCUGGGCUGGAUCCUCAUCCAUGAUCGGAGAGACAUUUUUGGCAAUGAGAUUCGAGACGGGCUGGUGAAACUGAGUCAGCGGAUCCUGGGACCAUGCACCAUUGUCCAAGGCGCUCUGAAGAGCAUCCUUCAGCGUACCCCUCAGGAGUUCUACCAUGACACUUUAAGCUUUCUUAAGUCCAAUGCGGACCUCUGCUAUGGGGCACUGGCUGCCAUUCCUGGACUCCAGCCAGUUCGCCCUUCUGGAGCCAUGUACCUGAUGGUGGGAAUUGAGAUGGAGCAUUUUCCAGAAUUUGAGAAUGAUGUGGAGUUCACAGAGCGGUUAAUUGCAGAGCAGGCUGUCCACUGCCUCCCAGCAACGUGCUUCGAGUAUCCAAACUUCUUCCGGGUGGUCAUCACAGUCCCCGAGGUGAUGAUGCUGGAGGCGUGUAGCCGAAUCCAGGAGUUCUGUGAACAGCACUACCACUGUGCUGAAGGCAGCCAAGAGGAGUGUGACAAAUAG